AUGGGCGUUGGACAAGCUUUCCCCGAAUAUGACUACAUCUUCGCAAUUGCGAUGCUCUUUGCAUUCUUGGAUGCAUGGAACAUUGGUGCCAACGAUGUAGCUAACGCUUUCGCUACUUCCGUCUCUUCCAGAUCCCUUACUCUCUUGCAAGCCAUGUUGAUCGCCUCCGUUAUGGAAUUCGCCGGUGCAUUGCUCGUUGGUGCCCGUGUCGCCGAUACUAUCAGAUCUAAGAUUGUCAAGGUUGAUCAGUUCGAUGGACAGCCUGCCGUCCUCAUGUUGGGAAUGUUGUGCGCCUUGGUCGGAUCAGCAACAUGGCUUACAGUUGCCACAUCUAUCGGUUUGCCUGUCUCCACCACCCACUGUAUCGUCGGUGGUAUUAUCGGAAUGGGAAUUGCAACUGUCGGUGCCGAGGGUAUUACCUGGGGAUGGGAAGGAAAGGGUGUUGCCCAGAUCUUUGCAUCUUGGCUCAUCGCUCCCGCGCUUGCUGGUUCAUUCGCCGCUAUCCUCUUCUCAGUCACUAAGUACGGAGUUCUGAAGCGCGAGAACCCCCUCAAGUGGGGUAUGAUUAUGGUCCCGAUCUACUUCGCCAUCACCUCCGGUAUCUUGACCAUGCUUAUCGUCUGGAAGGGUGCCGCCUCUUUGGACCUUGAUGGCUGGAACACUGCUCAGAUUGUUGGUACCAUUCUCGGAGUUGCCUUCGGUGUUAUGGCUCUCUGUGUCGCCUUCUUCCUUCCCUACCUUCAUCGUCUUCUUGUCCUCGAGGACUGGAGUCUCAAGGGAUGGGAAAUCAUCUAUGGACCUCUCCUCCUCCGUCGCGGCCCCGUCCCUGAGCGCCCCUCUGGUCACGUCGAGGUUGUCAAGGACUACUACGCCGGUCACGCUACUCGCGAUGAGCUCGAAGCCCGUAAGUUGAAGGACAUUGAGGCUGGUGAGCCCACCAACUCUGAUACUUCUAAGCACGCCGCUCAGGUCGAUGGGAAGACUCUUGAAGAGGUUGAGAAGGCCGAUGUUGGCCCAUGGUACACUCCUAAGAACCUCAUGAUGUUUGCCUGGAACGCUUUCAUGCAUGGUGUCCGUAUCGAUGUCGUUGGCGAACAGGGUCGUGAAGACUUCCUCUCUGGUAACAUCACUGACACCCACGCCCGCGCUGCCCACUUUGACAACAAGACCGAGCAUCUUUACUCCUUCCUCCAGGUCCUCACCGCUGCUACCUCCUCAUUCGCCCACGGUGCUAAUGACGUCGCAAACGCCACCGGACCUCUCGCUACCAUCUUCUUGGUCUGGAAGACUGGACAUGGUGGAAGUAAGGCUGAUGUUCCUCUCUGGAUUCUUGCCUACGGUGGUGCCGGUAUCGUCAUUGGUCUCUGGACUUACGGAUACAACAUCAUGCGCAACCUUGGUAACCGUUUGACUCUGCACUCCCCAUCCCGUGGUUUCUCCAUGGAGCUUGGAUCUGCCAUCACUGUCGUCUUGGCCACCCGUCUCUCACUCCCUGUCUCGACCACUCAGUGCAUUGUCGGUGCCACCAUGGGUGUUGCCUUCUGUAACGGAGACUUCCGCGCGCUCAACUGGAGAAUGGUCGGAUGGUGUUACGGUGGAUGGAUCUUCACACUCCCCAUCGCCGGUAUCAUCUCAGGAUGUCUUAUGGGUAUCAUCAUCAACGCUCCCCAGUGGACUCCUCCUGCCAAUUAA